CCAGCAUCCCGCAGGGGACACUGCUGCCAUCCACCUGCAGCUGGCAGAGAAGGAGCAGGCGCUGCUCCUGGCCCAGGAGACCGUCCAGCUCCGGCGGCGCCCCUCGGAGCAUGGCCUCGCGCUGCCGCCUCUGAAGCUCGGCGCAAGGACGACGGACGGCGGCGGGGACACAUGGCUGCGGCCAACAAGGGCAGCAAGGCGAAGGCGGGCGGCGUGCGCUUCGCCCCCAGCCAGCCCGCGGAGGGGGCCCCCGGCCACGUCCACUUCGAGGAGAAGCUCCGCGACUCGGCGGUGAUGGUGACGCAGGAGAAGGACGGACACUUCCUCGUCAAGGUGGGCUUCCUGAAGAUCCUGCACAAGUACGAGAUCACCUUCCUGCUGCCCCCGUCGCAGCGCCUGGGGAAGGACGUCUGCGCCGUGCCCCUCCCCAACCUCAACCUCAGGGUCCUCAGCGUCACCUCGGUGCCUGAAGGCUACAGCGUCAAGUGCGAGUACACGGCGCACAAGGAGGGUGUCCUGAAGGAGGAGAUGCUCCUCGCCAGCGAGACCGGGGACGGCGCCUGCCUCAAGGUCGUGGUCCAAGCCCGCGUGAUGGACCGGCACCACGGCACGCCGAUGCUCCUGGACGGGGUGCGCUGCAUCGGAGCGGAGCUGGAGUACGACUCGGAGCAGAGCGACUGGCACGGCUUCGACUAGCCCCCAGCCUGCCUUCUUCCCGGGGGCAGAGCUCACAUUUAAAACAGAAAAAGCAACCCACCCCCCUUCCCCAGCGUCGGCAGGGCCCCAGCCCUCCUGCUGCCACGGAGCUGGUGGCUGCUGCUGCUCCCCUCUGCCCGCUGAGCCAGGGCCGCUGCUUCGACACCCGCCGUGUGCCUCUGCUCCCCCCAGCUCGGGGUGGGGGCGUCCCCCCAAAACCCCCAGAGGCUCCUGAAGUGCCCCAGCACCUCCUGCCAGAGCUCUGCGCCUCGCACGGGGCUGGGGCGGGGAAGGGGCUCCCUUGCUGCCCGCCUGCUGCUGCUGCUUUCCCCCUUGCUUUUCUCCCACCCCAUCCUCCCCAGGAGGGGACAUUUGGGGCCUUGGGGUGGCAGACCCUGAGCUGGGCCCCUCCCCGGGUUAAAUUUUGCCUCCUGGGGGCUGGGGCAGGAUCUGGCCCUAUGAUGGAGGCUGGGUCCCCAGGGCUCUGGUGCCUGUGCCCCUUUGCCUGUCCCUGUCGUCAUGUCGAGCGCUGCCUUGAUCCCCUCCCGCGAUCUCCUCCCGUUUUGCUUUUUUCUUUCCUUUGUUGGCCCGUGGUGCAAGGACUGGGAGAAGUGAUUCAGUUCUGAAAGCAACAGGAGGCUUUAUGUGCCUAUAUAUAUAAAUAUAUAGAUAUAUAUAUAUAUA